AUGCCCAACUAUGCUAUGUCUUGCUUCAAGCUCCCAGCAUCUCUUUGUAAGCAAAUUCAAUCACUCCUCACUCGGUUCUGGUGGGAUGCCAACCCAACGAAGAGAAAGAUGUGCUGGGUUGCUUGGUCGACGCUUACGAAACUGAAAUAUGCUGGUGGACUGGGAUUCCGUGAUAUAGCCAACUUUAAUGAUGCGCUCUUGGCUAAGAUCGGCUGGAGACUGAUAAGAGAGCCUAACUCCCUAGUGGCACAGGUGCUACUAGGAAAGUAUGCAAAAAACUCAACAUUCCUAGACUGCGAAGCCCCUUCAGUGGCGUCCCACGGUUGGCGUAGCAUCCUCAUCGGACGGGACCUGAUCAAGAAAGGGAUAAGCUGGGUCGUAUGGAAUGGAGAGAGCAUACGGUAUGAGGGCUUUAUCCAGAAGAUUAUCACUAGCUCUGCUCCAGUAGCAUACGCCCUCGUAUGGCUCCCGGACAUUACAGGCGAAUACACAACAAAAACAGGUUAUGGUUUGGCUUGCUAUAGCGAAACUGGCCCGACCUUAUUACCUACAGGCUUUGAAUGGCUGAAACAUAUCUGGAACAUCCCCACCUCCCCAAAGCUCAAAGACUUUCUAUGGAAAGUAGUGAAGAAAGCAAUUCCAGUUAGCUCGAACCUAGCUAGCCGUGGAAUUCAACCAUUUGUAUGUAAAAGAUGUGGAGGGAUUGAAGAUGAUCUUCAUGUCUUCGUGACAUGCCCCUUUGCCGCCGAGGUGUGGCAGCUCUCUCCACUAACCUGGAUACCGGAAGCUGCUCUCCCAUCAAUGGCUCACCUUCUAACCCUCAAUACGAGGAUGAUCACUCUGCCCCCUGUGGGAAUUUAUGUGCCGCUAUGGCCCUGGUUACUUUGGAAUCUCUGGAAAUUUCGUAACAAACUUUAUUUUGAUGACAGAUCUUUCACAGCUCAAGAAGUGGUGAACAAAGCUAUCACAGAUGCAAGGGAGUGGCAAGCGGCUCAGAUUGUCGAGCAACGAUCGAGCCUCACCACAUCACAGGUCGCUACCUCGAGAUCACCUUUGAUCACCCCCCCCCCCCCAUCAGGCCCUCUCUGUUACGUCGACGCUGCCUGGAGCUCCGACACAGGUACCUGCGGGAUUGGUGGUAUCUUCAAGAACACAUCCCCUACCCUGCCGGAAAUCAAGUUCUCUCAACACUCUAUCUCAUCCGCGUUAAUGGCCGAAGCCAUCGCUAUCCGUGCUGCAGUCAUGAAAGCUGCAUCGUCAAACCUUCGAUCUCUCACGGUUCUCUCUGACUCGAAAGUCCUCAUCACCAUGCUGAAGACCAAGACCUCAAGACCAGCUCUGUUUGGGAUAUUGUUUGAUAUUUUCUAUUUUAGCUCUGUUCUUGACUCUGUUUCUUUUCUGUUUAUUCCUCGGCUGCAAAACCUUGAGGCAGACGGAGUGGCCAAGUCGGCUCUUGCCAUGAUUGUUGUUAAUCCCUCUGCUGAAGGGUAG